AUGUCUUCCAACCAGACCGAGCGUAAAUUCGAAGGAUGGGCGGCCAUGGACGAGAAUGCCGUCAAGGGCGGGAUGAAGUGGACCGAGUACGAGCCCAAGGAGUUUGCCGAGGACGACGUUGAGCUCGAGAUCCAAUACUGCGGUAUCUGCGGUUCCGACCUGCACACCAUGUCGAACGGCUGGGGAACCACAAAGGGAAUGUACCCCCAGGUUGUCGGCCACGAGAUCGUCGGCAAGGUCGUUCGGGUCGGCAAGGACGUCAAGCACCUCAAGGAAGGCGAUGUCGCCGGUGUUGGCGCUCAGUGUGACUCGUGCCUGGAGUGCGUCAACUGCAAGAACGGCGAGGAAAACUACUGCAGCAAGGGCCUGACCGGUACCUACGGCGGCAAGUUUUCCCGCACUUCGGCCGGCUCCAAGUCGUACGGUGGAUACGCCAACUACUGGCGCGGUCCCGCCCACUUCACCGUUCUCAUCCCCGAGGGCGUCGACCCCGCCGAGGCCGCCCCUAUGAUGUGCGGUGGUACCACCGUCUUCACCCCGCUCAAGCAAUACGGCGCCGGGACCACCGCGAAGGAUGUCGGUAUCGUGGGGAUCGGUGGAUUGGGGCACUUCGCCGUCCUCUUCGCUGCCGCCAUGGGCGCCAACGUCACCGCCAUUUCGCACUCGCACAAGAAGGACGAGGACGCCAAGAAGCUCGGCGCAAAGCAGGUCAUUGUCACUGGCGAUGACACCAAGGCCGCCUUCAAGGGUCACGAGCGCUCCUUGGACCUCAUUAUCGUCUCCUCCAAUGCUCCUGACAUGCCGUUCGACGCUUACCUUUCGCUUCUCCGUCCCCACGGUCACCUCGUCAUCGUCGGUGUCGCAGAGGAGGGUUCUCUCCCCAACGUCCACCCCUUCAACCUGAUCAUGAGCAACGUUCACAUCUCCGGUUCCGCCAUUGGAUCAGUCAAGGGCAUGGAGGAGUGCUUGAAAUUCGCUGGCGACAACAACAUCAAGGCCUGGGUCAAGCGAUACCCGAUGAAGGAGGCUAACGAGGCGGUGAAGUCUAUGAACGAGGGCGAGGCUCGGUACAGAUACGUCCUUGUCAAUGAGGAGCACGGCGGCAAGCUCAACGCCUAA